AUGAUGGAGCUGCAGAAGCACCUCCUCUUUAGGAAAGUGGACGUUCCUGACCAUGUGCACUACACGCUGGCCUUCAUCAUCCUCAUGGUGGGAACUCUGGGAGUGGCUGGAAACACACUGGUCAUUUUUGCUUUCUGCAGUAACAGGAAGUUGCGCACGUUGCCGAAUUUCUUCAUCAUUAACCUGGCGGUCAGUGACCUGCUGAUGGCGCUAACGCAGUCUCCGCUGUUCUUCAUCAACUGCCUGCACACACAGUGGAUAAUGGGGGAGCUGGUCUGUAAGCUCUAUGCGUUCUGUGGAGCGCUGUUCGGGAUCACAUCUAUGAUAACCCUGCUGGCCAUCUCAGUGGACCGUUACCUGGUCAUCACCCAUCCGCUGAAGGCCAUGCGGUGGAACUCCAAAAUCAGAACCUUCAUCACCAUCAUCCUCGUCUGGGUCUACUCGCUGGCCUGGAGCCUCGCUCCUCUGAUUGGCUGGAGUUCCUACGUGCCGGAGGGUCUGAUGACGUCGUGUACGUGGGAUUACGUGUCUCCCUCUGCGGGGAGCAGGAGCUACACGCUGGCGCUCUGCUGCUGUGUGUUCUUCGCUCCGCUGGGGAUCAUCAUCUACUGCUACAUCUGCAUGUUCCUGUCUGUCCGCAGAGCCAGCAGGGACGUGUCCAGGCUGGGUUCUCAGAUGAGGAAGCAGGACGUGUCCCGUCCCCGGCACAGUGUCCGCAGUGAGUGGAAGCUGGCGAAAAUCGCCGCUGUGGUCAUCACCGUGUACGUGCUGUCCUGGGCCCCGUACGCCUGUGUGACCCUCAUCGCGUGGGCCGGGUAUGCUCACCUACUCAACCCGUACUCUAAAACUGUACCAGCAGUCAUAGCCAAGGCAUCCGCAGUCUACAACCCCUUCAUAUACGCCAUCAUACAUGCCAAAUACAGAGCGACGCUGGCGGAGAAAGUUCCCGGCUUAUCGUGUCUGUCCCACAUCUCGGGGAAAGGUCGUCUCUCCUCGUCCAACAGCGAGUCUUCACUCAGCAGACAGUCCAGUCUGUCCAGGAACAAAGUGCACACGACCUCGUUCACCUCCAGGAAGGUGAUGGGACAAAUGGAGCUGGACCUGAUUGAGAGCAGGCUGGCGUCUUUCAGACGUUCAUGCAGACAGCAGUGCAUCACCAAGUCCUCCUCUCUAACUCACACCAAGCCCUCAGUCUGCGUGAGAGAGUCUCUCAGUCUGUGUGAACAGGAACUCGUCUCCGGCUCCCUCGCCAUGGCAACGGUCCCCACCAAAAGUACGGAUGUGACCUUUGACCCUGCGAGUGACCACAGAGAAACCCAGAGCCCCCCAGAAACUCCCAGAAAUCGCUGCAGCGUCAGCCUGACAUCAGAAAGCAGCUUUAACACGGGGGAGAGAUCAGCUCUGCUCAGCCAAUCAGAUUCAGCGCAGACUUAA